GGCGGGGUGGGUGUUAUGGGGUGGGGGUGCCGCCCCUAUAUUAUAGAGCACGGAGCGGGCGGGCGCUGCGGGCAGCGGGAGCUGCGGGACGAGCAGCGGCAGCGGUAUCCGGUCCCCCACCCCCCCCCUUUCCCCGGACCCGGAGCGGUUGCGAUGCGGCUCAGGAUGAUUUCGGCUGCCUCCGUCCUCGUGCUGCUCUUCCUGCCCUCGGAGAGCUGCUCCCCGCUGCAGCCCCGCUGGGAACCGGCCGCCCCUCGCCCCCCAAACGGACUGUGCCGACCGCGGGGGGCAGCGCCCGGCCCGGACCCACCCCGAGCUCCGCGGGCGCUGCAGGCGGGGAAGAGACGAGAAGGGAAACCGAACUCACUGGAUCUCACCUUCCAUCUCCUGCGCGAGUUCCUCGACAUGUCCCGGGAGGAGAGACUGGCGCAGAAGGCGCUCAGCAAUAAGCUGCUGCUGCAGAGUAUAGGGAAGUGACGGGAGGGGUCGGAGCCCGGAGCUGGGACCCCCCCCCCCCCCCCUUUCUCCCUCGGGACCCCCCACCCCUCGCGGUGCUCCCGCUGCUGCGCAUUAAAGUCGCCGUCGCACCUGCCCCGCGCUGUGAACCCCCCGUUCCGUGCCGGGGGGUUCCCUGGGUCCCGGGAGCAAAAGGGAUUUCCAGGGUAGGAGUGAGGAAUGGGAUAUGGGAUGGGGUUGGAGCAUCUCACCCUACGCCCCCAACUCUAUGCAGCCCCCCUUUGUGCCCCUCACACCCACAUUUUGGGUGUCCUCUCAUGCUCCAGGCUCGCUCCCUAUAGCCCCACUCACCCACCCACAACGCAGGGUGUGCGUGUUGGGGGUGGGAGGGAGGGUCAGAGCACAACCCCUGUGCAGCUCCAGCAGCAGAGCUGGGAAAUCUCACCCAGAAAAGUGGAAGUGUCCCCCACUGGGAGGUGCUGGGGAUGGGGAAAGGGGUUGUGGGGGGCUGUAAUGGGCAGGAGGCACUGAUGUGAGGGCACACAGACCAAGCUCCAGCUGCUGAAAGGGCUGCAGGCAACAGUGAAGCCCCAGCAAUGAACCCUUGCUGGUCUCAAAGCAAUCUGCGCCGUUUGGGGUCACACAUGGGCUGGGGGGAUGAGCUGGGGUUUGGGAUGGGUCAGAAUGGGGCUGAGCACCUGAACCCCACACACACACACCAAGGUGGGGUUUUAUUCAGGGCCUGGUGGGACCUCGGGGGGACAGCGAGGGAAUGAGGGCAGAAAUGAAAAGCUCAGGUGAUGAGCAAUGCUGUGAUGUGCAGCAGGGAGGAAUGUUCACAUCGCUGCUCAACCUGCCCCUACUGCAAAGCAGCCAAAGCUGGGCUGCGUGCAGCUGUGAGUGCUCCUGUGUCCACUACAUACAGCAAAGGGGAAUCACGGCCCAUAGAGUCCAUGGGAGCAGUGGGUUGGGGUGGGUGGGAUCCUGCCCUGCAGGAGGAGCUGCUGCUCAGCACCAGGAUUUGUGCUGAAUGGAGCUCAGAGCAUCACACAAAGCUCAAACACCACAGAGCAAAGAGGCCGGGUUACAAAGGGGAACACAGUCAACCCAAAAGAACCAAAGUGCCCUGAUAGCAAAUGUAAUUUUAAAUGCAACCCCAGCUGAGCUGCAGCCUCUGCUCCCCCAGCCCCAAACAGCCCCAGCACUCACCAACAGCUGCCUUCACCCAGAAGCUGCACAGGUUCACUUCUAUGGGGCUGGAGGGCAGGGUGGGAAGGAUGCUCUGUGGGAUCCCUCUCCCAUUCAGCACAUUGUCCAGGGGCAGAGCUGUCAUCACACUGAUCCUCCAGAAUUUGGCUGCUGAUGGUUAAAAACCAAGCAAACAACAAACACAUUAAACAAAAGGCAGCUGUGGUUGCAAACAAGGUGUGUAUGUGUGCAGACAGCCCUCACCUGCAUCGCACCAACAGCACUUUGCAGCAGCAUCCAGCACAGGUAGAAGGGUGAGCACUUACAGAGCACACAGCUCCCCAUACACACACUGCCCUGCAUCUCUGACCCCAAACAGAUCCAGAAAGAAAAAGCCCAUACGUGUUUUCUGCAUUGAAAACAUUUAUUUUACAACAGUGGUUUCAAGAUAACUUAGCAAUCUUUAUUUGAGUUUAUAUCUGGACAUACGAUACACAAAUUACCAUGCUAAAACAUAAAAGAAUUCCUUCUGCUGUAACUGCAGGUAUGUACAGGAGCUCAGUAGUAUCCAGUGUUACAAUCCACAAAGUUCUGACAGCCACAUCUACUUACAUACAAUUCAAAGUAUGGUCCUUUAGUGACAUAACAAAAUAUAUAUGUCUAUAUUAUAAUUGCUUCUCGGAUGCAUUUAUACUUUGAUUGGAGGGGGGGGGGGGGUGUAGGUUUUUUGUUUGGUUGUUUGUUUUUUUUACAGUCUUUUUUCCUUUGCUUUCAGCCACGGGUUCCCCCCACCCCACAAGCAGCCCCACAUGCCCCACAGAUCACUGCCUAAUAUCAGCUUUAUGGUGUGCACCAGCUCCAAGUCCUACAAACCCAAGCUGUGAGCACUACAGGCUGAGCCCACGGGACAAGCCAAAGUGCUUCCAGUAUCACCCCUGGGUUUCAGCUCCUUCCCUAAAGCAAAGCCAGAAUGGUGAAGCCCAGCUCCUGUCGAGCAGCCUGGGGCUGAGGGAUGAUGGCAGAGCUCAGAUAGAUGCUGCCCUGUUUGGAUGCCCUCACUGCACAGACAGCAUGGAAAGCAACUGCUACAGACCACCA